CCGGAGCUGAUGCCCAAGACGCCGUCGCAGAAGAACCGGCAGCGGAGGAAGCGCCUCUCGGCCCUGCAAGAUGAGAACCGGGAGCUGGGCAGGAAGAGAUUAUCUAGAAGGAGGAAUAGCAGUCUCAAACUGGUACCCGCCAUGCGAUAUUCUCAACGAGUCCGAAAUAAAGAUAACCUGGAACUAAUCAGUGCUGAGGUCAAACAAGUCUCUCCACCUCAACGUGUGACAAGAUCCCAAGCUGCAACAUCUGCUAAAAGCUCAGAGACCCUUCCAGUCCAGCAAGUAGAAGGGAAGGUUCCCUUAGUAGAAAUUGAUGUCAGUGAUUACAUUAGUGCUGAGCUACACCUCCAGAAGAGUGUAUCUAAACCAGCAGAGAAGCUCUCCACGACCAUCCUUUUGAGCUCAGGUGAUGGUUCUCCCAAAGAAAGCAGGGAUGCCAAAUUGCUGCCUGUGCCUGCAGCCUCAGAGCUGAUGGUCCCUCAUACCCCUGAGGUAAACGAUGCAGGAGAAAGUGAGGCUGCAUCUAAGCUGCAGAUGGUGAAGGCAGCUAAUACUACAGUCGUUUUAAGCGAUGAGUCUGGGCCGGAGGACGUAGAUGACUCUGCUCAGGUACAAGAGGGCUCUGAUAAGGAGCCUUUCCAGCGCAUAAGACAUAGCCCAGGGACUCCGAAAGGCUCUAGGCUGAGCCGUCGCUCAGUGCGCAGAAGCCUGAUGGGUAAAAAUUCCAUGACUCGCAGAACCUCCUUGGCAGAGAAAUACUCGCUAGCCAGCAAGAGGGAAAGUAUGAUCCGGAAAUCUGUCACCAGGACAAUGGUCAAGAGGAAGGCAGCGCAAAAGUCAUCUGUGUCCUCCAGUCACAUGGAUGUCUGCAGCUCUGGAGAGGUGCCAGAGGAUGAAGAAACAGUUGACAAAACUGGGCCUCCUCCUGGACCUUGUACCCCCUCGAAGUUGAAUCCCCAUAGUCCACGAAUGUCGCUUCGCUCUCGAACCAUCAGCAGAAAUGAGCAGCCGCAGGAGACGAGCAACAAUGAAAGCAACUUAAAUAAGAAUGGGGAGACUUGGGAACCGCCCCAGAGUGCCAGGAGAAAGCCAAGUUACAAAAGAGCUGUGGAUGAACGCUAUGACAAUCAGCAAGCAGAAGAUGGAGGGCUUUCUCCUCUAAGAAGAAAGACCCCAUCCCCUACCUUUCCAGCCAGCAAAGUUGUACGUCCUUUCAAAACGUUUUUGCACACUGUGCAGAAGAACCAGCUCCUCAUGACUCCAAGCUCUGUGGGGAGAAAUGGAGUAAUAAAAUCUUUUAUCAGGUACAACACUCCUCUCCAAUCUGAUCCCAAGGAAAAGGAGAGACAGAAGCUAGAGACUCUGAGGAAAAAGCAAGAAGCUGAGCAGCUGAGAAAACAAAAACUGGAGGAAGAAAAGAAACGGCGACUAGAAGAGGCAAAGCUGAAGCGUGAGGAGCGCCUGCGCAAAGUGUUGCAAGCUCGCGAAAGGGCAGAGCAAAUAGAGGAAGAGAGGAAAAGGCGCAUUGAGCAGAAGAUAGCUCUGUUUGAUGAGAAGACUGAGAAGGUGCGGGAAGAAAGGUUGGCAGAAGAGAAGAUCAAAAAGAAAGCAGCUGCCAAGAAAAUGGAAGAAGCAGAGGCCCGGCGCAGGCAUGAUGAAGAGGCCAGAAAACAAAAAGCACUGCAGCAGGAGGAGGAGGAACGUCGGCACAAGGAGCUAAUGCAGAAGAGGAAAGAAGAGGAGCAGGAACGUGCCAGGAGGAUUGCUGAGCAGAGACAGGCAGAACAGGAGAGAGAGAAACAGCUGGCUGCAGAGAGGGAGCUGGAGAGGAAGAAGGAACAAGAGAGGAUCCAGGCAGAAAAGCUACGUGAACAGCAGGAGAAGGCUGCUCGCCUGCAGAAGGAAGUGUUGGCUGCUAAACAACAGCUCCACAAGGAGAUGGAGAAGAAAGAACAGGAGGAGCAGAGGCUAGCAGAGAUGAAGAGGCAGGAGCAAGAACAGAAGAAACUGCCAGAGGAAAAAAAGGCUAAAGAUAUAGCCCAAACACAGCACCUAGAAAACGAAGAGAAUUCACCUGUCUGCAAUUCAUACCAGAUGACUCCACAGGCCCAGAAAGAUCCAAAGCCCCUCACCACAAGUCCAAACAACUACGGGAUGGAUCUGAACAGCGAUGACUCUACUGAUGACGAAAGCCAGCCUCGCAAGCCCAUUCCGGCUUGGGCCACUGGGAAUCAGCUUAGCCAAGCUGUAAUCCGCCAGUACUACAACCCUCCGAACAUUGACGCAGUCUUUGGGGUGAUCGCAAGCCCCAAGCUGGAGGACAUCUUUUACAAAAGCAAACCGCGCUACUUCAAGCGCACAAGCUCUGCUGUGUGGAGUUCCCCGCCGUUUGCAGGAGCCAAAUCGGUUCUGGGUCUGCCAUACAGCCUGAAAAAGUACUGA